GGACGAAAUUUAAAUUAUGGCGAAAUUUAUCGCGACGAUUAAGGCAAUUUUUACGAGAUUGGUUUUUGCUGCUCAUGGGUUCGUUGCAAUUUGGCAAGUGACGAUUUUUAAGAAAAAUUCGUUUUAUUGGUACUUGAGUUCGCCUAUUUUGUUGCUGUUUUUUGAAGGGAUAUUCACGCUCACCAUUAAAGAAAAUCAAGAGUGGAAGUGGUUUUGUCCCUCUGUCUUUCUUUAUCUCGCUAGUAUUGUCCCAGCAAUAUGGCUUCUGGAACUGGAUAAAGUCGAUCGACGUCUAAAAGUAAAAGAAGAAACUUUUAACUUAACUUCAACGACAAACUUAAAAGAACUAAACAGCUUAAUUGGAGUGCAAAUUAAACUUCCCGACAUACCAUUGAGCACCGAAACUUGGAUAACUCUCAUAGAACAAUUUUUAAUGUUGAUUCUUAUAAUUGGAAGGUGGAUGUUACCUAAAGGAGACUUAACACGAGAUCAAUUAAGUCAGUUACUUUUAGUAUAUAUAGGAACGGCAGCUGACAUCAUAGAGUUUUUUGAUUCUUUCAAAGACGACAAAAUUGCAGCCGAACCACUUUUAGUCUUGCUAACACUAGCGAUAUGGUCUUGGAGUUUGAUGCAGUUUACUGUCGUGUUGACUGCCACCAAAUCUAGAAAAUCGCGUCUCACGUCGACGGGAUCUAUAAUCAAUCGAUCUAACAGCUGCUGCACAAUCGAUGUGUGGGGAAUCGCUCUCAACAUUACUUUACAAGAUGCUCCAUUUUUGGUUUUCAGACUUUUACUCAUCACUCACUUUAAAAUUAUAUCCUACAUGAAUGUAUUUUUUACUUGCAAAAAUACUCUAGUCAUACUUCUACAGCUUUAUAGGCUCUACGUAGUUCACAGUGAACAUCGAAAGAAAAAAACUAAAGAUGAUUUUGAAUUAACUAAUAUUUCCAUAAUUUCUAAACCAGACAUGUAUGGUGGUAGAAGAAAAGAAAAAGAAAGGUAUAGUUCCAAUCAAAGUCGUUCAAAAAGUAGAAGAAAUUUAAGAGAAGAGUCUGAAGACUCCAGUGACGAUUUAUCCGAAGAUUACUGCGCCAACAAAAAAAGAAAAAUGAAAAAUUGUCGCAAAGACACGGGAUAUUCAACAGGGAGUUCACACACAAGCGCGCGCAUACACAAAACUAAGUAUAAAAAAUCGAGGAAUCGACAUGGUUCCAAAGAGCGGCUAUCUGUAGACAACAGAAAAAUGUCCAAACAAAAAUUGAAACGAUCUGAUCAAGAAACGAAGGGAAAGAGACGUUUGGAAGAAGCAUUUUCUGAGGAGAGCGAAAGUGAUCUAUCUCCUAUUGAAAAAAGGGAAGAAGUAAAAAAAGAAAAACCAAAAUUACGAAGCUAUGAGAAAGAACCAACCGUUUCUCUUUCAACAAGUGAUCCGUCGUCGGAAUGACGUCAUCAAUUGGCCAUUAUGGCUAUAUUUUGCCUUUACGUUUUUAUCUUUAUAUGCUGUUUAUUUUUUAUAUACUGUGGUAUUAACUCUGAGGGGUUAGUUAUUGCAAGAGUCCAUAGGAAAAAUGAUAACAAUAGUAACUAAAUCUUUAGAGUACAUAUUAGUGAUCGACAGUUAGGUGCAUGUAAAUUACUAGAUCCUGUGAUAGAAAGUUAACGUUGUUAUUUCAAAAACUAAUAGAUAUGUAACUGUAUGUGAAAAUUAGGAAAGAAAAUAGGAAGAAAUUGCUAAUGGAGGUUCCCUCUUUUCAAACAUAUUCUGCUUUAUUUGGGUGUAAAAUAUU